UACUCCAAACGACCAAAUUGAACAAUUCCCUCUCUCUCCUCUUCACAAUAAACGCACCAGUUUCUCGUGGAUUCCCAUUUGCUCUCCGUACAUCUAUACCGCCUCAAAUCUAGAGAGAGAGAUAUCCAUCGCUCUUUACAACUCCUUUCAAAAAAAUCUUUCAUGGAUAAAUCUUCAUUGAAUUCUACCACAGUUUCUUCGGUUCAAUCUCUUCCCUCCCAUUUAUUUUUCUCUAAAUCUUUUCAUCGUUUGUUUCUUCGUCAACCUUGUAAUUUCUUUUGACGGUAUCGACUACGAUUUGUCACGAAUGGGUAAACGAAAUUCUCAACGUAAGAAUGCUGCGAUUUUGGAUAGUGACGACACCGAUAGCGUGAGUUCGUCGUCUACUUUCCGGUCGGAUAAUGUGCUUGUGUCCGGUGCUGAGGACGUUCAGCUUGAGAAAGAGAGUAUACUUGAUCAGUGUUUGGAUGCUUUAUAUGAGAAAAGGGGGUCCACAAGAGAGAAAGCUUUGGCUUCAAUUAUAGAGGUCUUUAAUAGAUACUUGCAGCACGAGUUUGUGGAAAAGAACUUUGCAACAUUACUGCAUCAAUUUCUGAAUUCCAUCAAGAAGGGGUCUGCCAAAGAGAUAGCUUUAGCAUCUCAUGCAAUUGGGUUGUUGGCUCUAACAACUGGUCCUGGGGACAAAGCAAAAGAAAUAUUGGAAGAAUCAGUCUCUCCUAUUUCACAGGCCCUUAAAUCUCUGUCUGAAACAACUAAGAUAUCGUCGUUACUGGAGUGUUUGGCUAUAAUCACUUUUGUUGGUGGCGAAGAGGCGGAGGAAACAGAAAAAUCAAUGCAAAUAAUGUGGCAAGUGGUUCAUCCAAAACUUAGCUCUAAUGUUGUUGCCACUAAACCUUCACCGGUUAUGAUAACAGCUGUGGUAUCUGCUUGGUCAUUUCUCCUAACAACUAUGGAUGGAUGGACACUUAACUCUAAAAGUUGGCAACAGUCAAUUUAUUAUUUUUCUACCCUGCUAGACAAGGAUGAUAGGUCUGUACGCAUUGCAGGUGGUGAAGCACUUGCCUUAAUUUUUGAGAUGGGAAAUUUGGAUAAGUUCUGUGGUGAAGCUAAAGGAUCUAAUGACAGCUCCACUAUUGAAGGGAAAAAUUCUCAGGAGUUUGUACAUAUCCAGGGAUUGAGGGAAAAAAUCCUUAAUCAAGUGAGAAACCUUUCCGUAGAAGCAGGUGGUAAAGGUUCUGCUAAGAAAGAUCUUAACCACCAGCGGAACUCGUUUAGAGAUAUUCUAGAACUGCUUGAGGAUGGCUAUAGUCCAGAUACCUCAUUGAAGAUUGGUGGAGAGUUGCUAAGCACAACAACUUGGGCCCAAUUGAUACAAUUGAACUUUCUGAAGCAUUUUCUUGGCGGAGGAUUUGUUAAGCACAUGCAGGAAAAUGAAUUUCUUCACGACCUAUUUGAUUUCACACCUAAGUCAAAACUUCUUUUAGGAACUGAGGGCCGUAUAUCUGCUAUUGAGAAGAGGCUGUACAAAUCUCCGAACUCGGUUCUUAGUAAGGCAAGGACCCAGUUCUUGAACAAGCAGCGUACAUUGUCGCAGGAUAAGAACACUGGCCGCUUUGCCGUUGGUUUAGGUGAGGAGGAGGUUUAGAGUCGAGACGCAGCUUAAUGCUCAUGCUGAACAAUGCAGGAUUAAAUGACCCAGUAUAGGCUUUAGUAAAACAUUAAAUCAACAUUAUUGGUAUUCAGAUUUAUGUGGAAAUGAUAUUAAUCUAGUUAGUGAUCGCUAGUCCAAUGGACGUUAUACACAUUGAUCAGGGCAAAUUAUGUUGUAUCUUGUUAAAAGUUAUUUUUACACUAAAUUCAUGGGGUAACAAUGGAAUGAAUGUCAUGUCAUGUGGUUGUGCGUGGG